AUGACAUUUUCAGCAUCUGAAAUUCAAGAAUACAGAAGUACAUUCGCCAAGUUUGAUCAGAAUGGUGAUGGUCAAAUCUCAGCAACCGAGUUGUCCUCUAUCCUCACCGCACUUGGUGAAAAAGUCACUGGUAUCCAAGUUAGAGAUAUGAUGAAGGAGGUCGAUACUGAUCAGUCCGGUGGAAUAGAUUUUAAUGAGUUCCUCAAAGUAGUUGAAAUUGCUAAAAAGUCUGGUAGUGAUACUGGAUUUGCAAAUGUCGUUAAGAAAGUAGGUCAAGUCAAUGUAUUGAGUGGAUAUUCUGGAUCCACAUCAUCAGGAACCACUCAUUCCUACUCCGAUGAGGAGAAGUACGCAUUUAUCGAUUGGAUCAACACCUGUUUAAAGUCGGAUGUCGAUUUGAAGGGUCAUUUGCCAAUCUCCACCGAGGGAGAUGCCUUUUUCAAGGCAUGUCACGACGGUCUCUUGUUGUGUAAGUUGAUCAACGACGCCGUACCAGAGACAAUCGACGAGCGUGUUCUCAACAAGAAGAAUUUGAACACCUUCCGUAUCAAUGAGAAUCAAGUGCUCUGCGUCAACUCUGCCAAAGCCAUCGGUUGUUCCAUCGUUAAUAUUGGUGCCACCGACUUGAUGGAAGGUCGUGCCCAUUUGAUUAUGGGUCUCGUAUGGCAAAUCAUCAAGAUUGGUUUGUUCGCCAAGAUCAAUCUUACCAAUCACCCAGAGCUCUACCGUCUUUUGGAGCCAGGAGAAACCAUUGAGGAUCUCUUGAAGCUCUCGGUCGAGGAGAUCUUGUUGCGUUGGUUCAACUACCACCUCCGUGAAGCCGGACACCCACGUCGUGUUAAGAACUUCACUGGUGACAUCAAGGAUUCCGAGUGCUACACUAUCUUGUUGAAGCAAAUCGCACCAAAGAAUGCCGGUGUCGACACCAACGCACUGAACGAGUCGAACCUCGAGCGUCGUGCCGGUAUGGUGUUGGACAAUGCCGACAAGAUCCAAUGUCGUAAGUUCUUGCGUCCCAAGGACAUUGUCAACGGAAAUCAAAAGUUGAAUUUGGCAUUCGUCGCCAAUCUCUUCAACACUCACCCAGCACUCGAGCCAGUCAAGGACGUACCAAUCGUCAUCGAGGAGACCCGUGAGGAAAAGACAUUCCGUAACUGGAUGAACUCACUCGGUGUCGAUCCAUACGUCAACAACCUCUACGAAGGUGUCUACGACGGUCUCGUCUUGAUCCAACUCUUUGAGAAGGUCAAGCCAGGAAUUGUAGACAACAAGCGUGUCAACUAUCCACCAUACAAAGCGAUGGGUGGUGAGAUGAAGAAGCUCGAGAACUGCAACUACGCCAUCGAGCUCGGUAAGAAGAUGAACUUCUCGUUGGUCGGAAUCGACGGUAAGAACAUCUAUGACAAGAACAAGACUUUGACAUUGUCGAUCAUCUGGCAGCUGAUGAGAGCUCACGUACUCUCCAUCUUGAACGCACUCUCCACCACCGGUAAGCCAAUCGGUGAUGCCGACAUUGUCGAGUGGGCCAACAACAAGCUUCGUUCCGCCGGUAAGUCGACCAUCUCUGGAUUCAAAGACGGUAAGCUUGCCGAUGCUCGUCCAAUUUUGGAUUUGAUCGAAGCAAUCCGUCCAGGAUCUGUUGACAGCUCAUUGGUUACCACCUCUGGUACCGCCGAAGACAACCUUUUGAACGCUAAGCUGGCAAUCUCCACCGCCAGAAAGAUUGGUGCCGUCGUAUUCUCACUCCCAGAGGAUAUCGUUGAAGUCAAACCAAAGAUGAUGAUGACUUUGUUUGCUGGUUUAAUGGCUGUCAGUGUAUAA